AUGGCCGACUCGAUCGUCGCGCCCACGCCUACAUCCAAUCCCUCCUCACUCGCUCCACCAUCUUCCAACCACCCUUCGCGACCUUCCUCAGCCAAUUCAAGUAGGAGUAACGGCUCGUCGCGUGGAAGAGGUGGCAGAUCAUCCACCAACAUAUCGAGAAGUAAUUCGAAUGCUUCGUCAAGAUCCAAUCCAGAUAAGAAGAAACAGAGUGGUCCCACUACCACCAUCAGCGGGGGAGUCAGCCUUGGCGUAGGUUCUGGUACAUCUGCAGCUGAAAACCCCUCUGCCGGUGGAUCAAAGAAAUCUACAGGUGGUGGAGGUGGUAAUGGUAAUCGAAAGGGCAAAUCGCCAAGUGGUGGUAAUGAAGCUGAAGGAAGAGAGAAGUCUGAAGGUGGUCAGAAGAACAACAAUAAAGGUAAAAAACAAAAUAACAAUAAGAAACCCAAUCCGAUCAAUACCAAUGUGAAUAACCCACUUGGUAGACCAGCUUCCCAAAAUUCCAACUCGAAAGACACAGCACCAAAAUCAAUUCACACCACUGUAUCUGCACCCAGAACAGCUAUGGAAGCUGCCGUCGAUGCCGCUACCAAAAAGCACAAUGCUCAAUCUGGGGGUGAUGCCUUAGCUUCGCUUCAGAAAAUGAUCUCCGAUCUGAAGACUCUACCAACUUCCGCUCCGUCCACUGGAAGUUCCAACGGCUCAAGGUCGGUCAGUGCCAGUGCAUCAAAGGAAUCGCCCAUCUCAGCUACCACCACCAAAUCUACCACUGAAGCAGUAGCGAUCCCAGAUUCUUCGACCUCGACGAGUUCAAACUCUUCAAAGAAAUUGAAAGCAGAUGCACCAAGCUUUACACCGUCUUUCCAACCUGCUACUUCUCCCGUCAACUCCCAAGCUGGUCUAUCCGUAUCACCUAUUGCACCGAUGCCACCUGCGAGUGUACUACACCCUAGAUCAGUCUCCCAAAGUAGCGCUACCAACCACAGUACCAACCGAAGAGCUUCGUCUGGUUCGGCCUUCAAUUCUAAUCAACCCACAUCUCCAAUUCAGAUGUAUACUAAUUCUCUACCGCCUGUCUAUCAGAACCUUGCUUCUCAUGCUGAGCUGGAUGAGGAUCACUCCCCAUUGUCGUUUGCUCAACAAGCAGAGUUACAGUUUCAACAACAACAAUUGCUUGCUGCUCAUCAGCAGCAAUUUCAAUAUAUCCAAUUGCUUCAAGCGCAGAUUGCUGCUAGUCAACAAUUAGCCCAACAGCAACAGCCUCAACAACAACAUGGUCAAAUGGGUAAUUUUAUUGCACCCAGAUUCCAAGCUUUGGCUCAACAACGUGCGGCUCAACAGCAACAACAGCAAACUGCCCUUCAAUUAGCUCAAGCUCAACAGAUUUACGAGAUUCAACAAGCUCAAUUACUCCAACAGCAAGAAGAAGCUAGAGCGAGGGCUAUAGCUGAAACUAUGAAGAAUGAACCUGUAUUUGAAGAGGAUGAAGAACCUGAUCAACGUCAAUCUCAAUCCUCUUAUGGGCCUACCGGUCGACCUCAACUUGCUCCUUCGUUCACUUUUGGUGCUAAGCCCAAACAUGCAAAGAAGGAGAGUAUGUCAGAUAAAAGUUCAGCAAGAGAUUCCAUGUCCCCUCCUUCAGGCCAUCAUACCUCACCUCCUGUGGUGGUCAAUAGAUCGGAAGGUAUUGGCGGUGCGGCUGCUACUGGAUUGGCGGGUCUGGCUGCUCGAGCACAUAAGAGAACAGGAAGUGAGAUGUCUGCUGCAAUGCAACAACAACUCGCCAUACAGCAAGAGAUAGAGGCAUUGCAAGCUAAGCAGAAAGCGCUGAUGCAAGAAGAAAUGUCCACUCAAGGUUCAUCCGCCUUGAGCCAACUCAACACUGCUUUGCAACAGAAGCAAACACCUUCUCAAACCCUCUCUCGACACCGACGAGUCCAAUCGAGUUUACCGUCCGCCACCGCCCCUACGGAAAUACCUGAACGAUUCGAAGAAGCAGAUCAACCUCGUGCACUCAGAACCAUCGGUGAGAUGCCUCCUCCACCUGUGCCUUCUUCUGGUGGUAGUCACUCUCGAAGACACAGUGUCAACGUCUUCAACAAGACUGCCGGUCAUGGUGCAGGAUUCGGAAGUAUCAGUGGUGAUAUCCCUAUUCCUGAAGCUGGUGUCGCCGGUGGUGAAAGAGGUUUCGGUCAUCAUCGAUCUGGUAGUCGAUCUGGAUUUGAAUCUGGUAAUUGGAGAGUAUCAGGCGGUGGAUCGGUCGGUAACGCUGGUCCCGUUCAAGUCGCAGAUUUAGCCGCUGCUCAAGCUCAACUCCAAUCUCUCGCCCAAUUCAGAGCAGCUGCCGGUGGUGGUCAUAGCAAGAUGGCAUCGUUCAGUUUCCCCAACAUGCUUCCUAAUCUUCUCGCUGCUACCACUUUACAAACACCCAUGGGUCAAUCUCUAUGGCAACAACAACAAGCAUUCCAAAUGCAGUUACAACAGACUUCCCAAGGUCCCCAACGUAAAUCCUUGUUCGCGCCUUAUUUGCCUCAAGCUUCUCUACCACCUUUACUCCAAGCUGGUAAACUGGUUGUUGGUGUUUUGAGAGUGAAUAAGAAGAAUCGAUCGGAUGCUUAUGUCGCUACGGACGUACUGGAAGCUGAUAUCUAUAUUUGUGGAUCAAAGGACAGAAAUAGAGCUUUGGAAGGUGAUAUCGUUGCUGUAGAAUUACUAGAUGUAGAUGAAGUCUGGGGAACCAAGAAGGAUAAAGAGGAGAAGAAGAGAAAGAAGGAAGAGAAUGCCGCUUACGACUUGAAACCCUCCACAGCGAAGAAGAUGGAGAAGAAGAAAGAUGAUGUUGAAGUUGAAGGUCAGGGUUUGACAUUGUUUGAUGACGAGGAAGUAAACGAUGAGACGAAACCUACUUAUGCGGGACAUGUCGUCGCGGUCGUCGAACGUAUGCCUGGACAACUCUUCUCUGGUCAACUUGGAGUUCUCCGACCUUCUUCAGCUGCUACCAAGGAGAAACAAGAGCUCGAACGACGCGAGAGGGAUGGUGAUAGAGGAGGAAGAAAGGAUGAACCUGAACAAAGGCCCAAGAUCGUUUGGUUUAAACCUACAGAUAAGAGAGUACCUCUCAUUGCUAUUCCAACUGAACAAGCUCCCGCGGACUUCAUUGAUAACCCCGAUGCGUAUGGCGAUAAGUUGUUUGUCGCGACUAUCAAACGAUGGCCAAUCACAUCACUCCAUCCAUUCGGUACAAUGGUAGAAGAGCUUGGUCCGAUCGGUGAUGUCGAAGUUGAGACGAGUGCAUUGUUGAAGGACUGUAACUUCCCUACUGAGGAAUUCACUGAUUUGACAAUGAAAUGCCUUCCGCCUUUACCAUGGAGUAUUCCCGAUAGAGAAUAUGAAGUACGAACUGAUCUAAGAGAACAAACAACUUUCACGAUCGAUCCUCCAACCGCCAAAGAUCUGGAUGAUGCCUUGUCCGUCAAAAAGAACGAAGAUGGUACUUUUACUGUCGGAGUACAUAUAGCGGAUGUAUCUUACUUUGUCAAAGCCAACACGGCGAUUGACCGAGAGGCUCGAAAGAGAGCAACCAGCGUAUACCUCGUUCAGAGAGCUGUACCAAUGCUUCCGCCUCAACUGUCAGAAGAAUUAUGCAGUUUGGUACCUGACGUAGAGAGAUUGACUUUCUCGGCAUUUUUCACUUUUGAUCAAGAUGGAAAUGUUAAAGAUAGGAAAUUUGCUAGGAGUAUCAUCAAGUCUAACGCCAAAUUAUCCUAUAAUGAUGCUCAGCAAGUGAUCAAUGGAGGUUCGAUAGAAGCAUCUAAAGUACCUGGUGGAGAAAUCAAGGAAAUCGAAGAAGACAUCAAGGUUCUUCACGAUCUAUCUUCCAAGAUCAGAAGGAAACGACUAGACGCCGGCGCUAUACUCAGUAACAAGCUCAAGGUGUCUUUUGCUUUGGAUGAGAGUGGUAAACCGAUUGAUGUGGAUGCUGUCAAGAAGAGCGAAGCGAACUCAUUGGUGGAGGAGUUCAUGCUCCUCGCCAACAUAUCAGUCGCCCAUGUAAUUGCUAAUGGUAUACCUGAGCAAGCAUUGCUGCGAAGACAUGAAGCUCCGAUUGACAGGCGAUUGGAUGGAUUCGUCAAACGAGCUCAGAAACUCGGCUUCGAGAUGGACGCUUCGUCUGCUGGAACUUUACAGAAAUCCUUUGAAGCUGUCCAAGAUAAAGACACCGCUUUAUGUUUGGAAUUGCUCAAGAAGAAGGCCAUGCAGAGAGCUCGAUACUUCUGUACUGGUAUGCUUGAUAUCGCCAAGUAUUCUCACUGGGCGUUGAAUUCUCCCUUAUAUACACAUUUCACAUCUCCAAUUCGACGAUAUGCAGACGUACUUGUGCACCGAAUGCUCGACGCUUGCCUCACUAGUCCCAACCCUAACGAUGUCAAAUUCCUCAUGGACAGAGAUCAAGUUGCCAAAUGUGCUCAACAAUGCAAUAUGAAGAAACAAUCUGCCAAACUUGCUGAAGAGCAAUCUAUCCAUCUAUACCUUUGUUUGCUCAUACAUGAUCUUACGGAAAGAUAUGGUCCUGUCAUUAGACGAGCUAAAGUUACGGGCGUAUUGGAUGCCGCUUUCGAUGUUGUGAUUCCCGAAUUCGGUAUUGAGAAGAGAGUGCAUGUCGACAAGAUGCCAGUCGAGAACGUAGUUUACGACGAACACAAGGAUAUCUUAUCACUCUAUUGGACCACGCAGGACGUAUUAGCAUUCUUAGCUGAGAGUACAGAUGAUACCAACAUUCAAAGGAUCAAAUCGAUCUCUGAAAAACUCUCAAUUGGAUCAUCCAUCUCACAAUCGCUAGAAGAGAAAUCUCUAUUCGACACCCCUCAGACUUUGGCCAACGGUUCUUCUUCCUCAAUAUCGAAAUCGAAACAAUAUCUGAAAUCUUCCAAUUCGACAUUGAACAAGAUUGAUAAAUCGUCGUUUGAAGGAUUACGAAGUGAUGCUUCGGGUAAACAUAAGAUUCAAGAUAUAAAAGAGUUGUCGAAUUUACCUGUGAUUAUCACUAGUGAUAUCACGAAAUCCCCACCGGUCUUAGUGGUUUAUGCCUGUAAUCCAUAUGCUGCGUAG